AUGCCUCUCGUCGUGCCCGGCAUCAUGACCAGCCCCGAGGACAAGACCCAGGAAUGGGCCAACAAGCUCGUCGGAAAGACCUUUUCCGAGACUGAAUCCAACGAGACUAUGUUCUGCAAGCGGGACUUGCCGGAGACGCAUCGCAUCAUCAAGCCCGGCCAGCCUGUGACCAGAGACUUUAGGCCAGAGAGACUGAAUGUGCAUUUGAAGGAGGAUGGCACGGUGUCGCAUGUCGUUCACGGGUAG